GUUUGUGAAUUUGGUUGUAUAUACGUUUACCUUUGGGUAUUUGGUAUUUUGUUACACUAUACAAGUGAUUUUAUAUGAAUUAAAAAUGGAAUUUUUCUUACGCCUGAUACAAUUUAUUGUCAAAAUCAUCUAUGCGAUAAUUUAUCCACUUUUGCAUAUUUUAUUACCGCGUAAAAGUCCAUCCACAAUUCCACCUAUUCGUAAUCAGUUAGUGACACUUCCACUAAUCGAUCUGGUAAAGCUGAUGCGGCAAAGAAAGUUGAAAUCGGUGGAUCUGGUAAAAGCCUACAUUGAACGCAUCAAGGAAGUCGAACCUCAUAUCAAUGCAGUGGUUCAGGACCGAUUUGCCGCUGCGCUCGAUGAAGCAAUUCGUGCUGAUGGACUCAUCGCCAAAGCUUCAGACGAACAACUACCAACACUCUUUAGCCGCUACACUCUACUUGGUAUACCAUUUACGGUGAAAGAAACUUGCGGUGUGAAGGGUAUGCCAAUACAUGUUGGGAGUCGCCAACGUACCCAUCUAACAAGUCCUGAGCAUGGUGAGGUGGUGAGCAAUGUAGUGGCCGUUGGUGGUAUACCAUUGUUGGUCUCCGUAACACCCGAAUACUGCUUUAGCAUAGAAUCGAAUCCGACUACGCAAAAACGAUGCUUGAAUCCCCAUGAUAGUAGACGUACACCUGGCGGCUCUUCGGGUGGAGAGGCUGCUUUGAAUGGUGCUGGUGCCAGUUUAUUUGGCAUUGGUUCCGACAUUGGUGGCUCUAUACGUAUUCCAAGCCUAUUCUGUGGUAUUUUCGGACAUAAACCCACAGGAGGUAUCACCUCGAUUGAAGGACAUUUUCCUGGCAGUUCGGAUGCAAAUUGUCGUCAGUAUCUUCAGCUGGGCCCACUAACACGCUUUGGGCGCGAUUUAGGAUUGCUAAUGCUGGUGAUGGCUGGCAAAAAUGCGGAUAAAUUGGAUUUGAUGACACCAGUGGAAACAAAGAACAUUAAGAUAUUUUAUGCAUUCGGAUAUGAUGGCCUCAAUGGUUUCUUGCAUUCAUCACCUGUAUUUGAAAUGAAGCUUUCCAUUCUAAAAGCUGUAAAGUUUUUCGAGAGUCGCGGCUGCCAAGUUGAACGGACUUCAAUGAAAGCUUUUAAGAACUCACUUGAGAUAUCCUUAAGUUCUCUGGUACUGUUGAAAGACUUUCCUUAUUUGAUCAACAGUUCAAAUCCAAAUAAAGUACGCGAACAUUUGAUUGAAUUUCUGAAAGCAAUUUUCGGCAAGUCAGAGUAUAGUAAGGAGGCGGUACACUUCGAUAUAAUGCGACGAGUAAACGCUUUCAUGAAAUCGAAGAAUUUAGAAAAAUACAAAGCAGAACUCCAGACGCUGAAAGCUGAGUUUAGUCAAAUGCUGGGCAGUAAUGGCGUUCUUUUCUUCCCCACUUUUACUGUUCCCGCUUUGCAUCAUCAUACCUCUACCCUAGCGCUAUGGGCUGUAGAUUAUACUCUAAUGUUCAAUAUUCUCGGCUUUCCGUGCACACAUGUACCCAUGGGUCAUGAUGAUAAUGGCUUACCCGUAGGCUUUCAAGUUAUUGCUGCCCCUUAUAAAGAUAAGCUGUGCAUCCAAAUUGCUGGUGAAUUAGAAACGGCAUUCGGUGGUUGGAUUAUUCCUACGCCACAUGAACUUCAACGUAUGGAUUAGUCGAGGUAACUAGUUGGACAGGUUUUGUGAUAAAUAUUCCUACUUGUACAUAGUAAUAAAUGUAUAAACAAUAAUAAUAACAAUAAUAACAAAAUAAGAAAUAUU